GCUGUAGAACCCCAAAAACACCGUCUUAUUCUCUCGAUAGCUAGGGUUUUCUGCCGCGCAGCUCGAGCAACAGAGAGGGAGAGAGACAGAGACCAGUCAUCAUGGUGAACGUUCCUAAGACGAAGAAGACAUACUGCAAGAGCAAGGAGUGCAGGAAGCACACCUUGCAUAAGGUUACCCAAUACAAGAAGGGGAAGGACAGCCUCGCUGCCCAGGGCAAGCGGCGUUAUGAUCGCAAACAAUCAGGGUAUGGUGGCCAGACCAAGCCUGUGUUCCACAAGAAGGCAAAAACCACCAAGAAGAUUGUGCUGAGGCUUCAAUGCCAGGGUUGCAAGCACGUCUCGCAGCACCCUAUCAAGAGGUGCAAGCAUUUUGAGAUCGGUGGAGACAAGAAAGGGAAGGGAACAUCUCUGUUCUAGGUCAUUAGAGUUUUUAAGCUGCUUAGCUAUUCCUUUGUGUUGGAUUAUGUUGUUCCACCUUACUUUUGUUAUGUAUUUCAUGGAAAAGACGCCGAAGUGUUACAAAUUACCCAUGAUAUUCCAUCGGUGUUACGUCUUUUGAGUUUGAUAAAAUCUUCAGGCUCUUUUAUUUA